CGCGGUUACUUCGGGGCCCUCCCGAUGGUGACCUCCGCCCCGCCGCCUUUACCGCGGAUUCCGGACCCUCGGGCACUGCCCCCCACCCUCUUUCUCCCUCACUUUCUAGGGGGGGACGGUCCGUGUCUGACCCCUCAGUCUCGAGCCCCAGCACCUUUGCCCAACUGCAGUCUCGCCCCGGCGGGGGGCACCCCUCGGGCCGCUCCGAAGAAGCGGCGAAAGAAGAAGGUGAGGGCCAGCCCGGCGGGGCCUGUAUCCGAUGAACGGAGUUUAGCGAUGUCUGCCGUGUGCUGUACGGGACUUCGUGGAAGGUGGUUUACUGUAUCCAAACCGAAAUUCUCGGACGAAGACUUAACCAUUGGGCAGACGUUAUGCUGCCCAAUUGUCAUGCCCCUGGACUGCUAUAAAUUUUUAUUUUUAAACAGACUCUCAACCAACCAAAAUGAAAGCAUUAGAAAAUUUUUCUUGGCAACAUCCUAUUGUAAAAACACUGACCUUUGUCAGAAACAGGUUUUAAAAUCAAACAUGGGAAAAUCGGAGAAAAUUACCACUCCCCACGGGCAGCUUGUUCAUGGUAUGCACUUGUGUGAACAACCAAAGAUAAACAGACAGAAAAGCAAAUAUAACUUACCACUAACCAAGAUCACCUCUGCAAAAAGAAAUGAAAAUAACUUUUGGCAGGAUUCUGUUUCGUCUGAUAUAAUUCAGAAGCAGGAAAAAAAGCCUUUUAAAAACACUGAGAACAUUAAAAAAAAGCAUUUGAAGAAAUCGGCAUUUCUAACUGAAAUGAGCCAAAAGGAAAAUUAUGCUGGGGCAAAGUUUAGUGAUCCACCUUCUCCUAGUGUUCUUCCAAAACCGCCUAGUCACUGGAUGGGAAGCACUAUUGAAAAUUCCAACCAAAAUAGGGAAUUGAUGGCAGUACACUUAAAAACUCUCCUAAAAGUUCAAACUUAGAUCUCGGAUUUCAGUAUGUAUGUAAAACAUAGUUUUUCCCAAAAUCCCUGAAUUCUUGAAAAGAAAAUUGGUACAGAAAUGGAAAUUUGCCUUGUUAUAACCUAGGAGGGCAAAAGAUGGGUUUUAAAAAAUUACAAACAGCUUGUAUUAUGUUUUAUAUUUGUAAAUACUGUAUACCAUGUAUUAUGUGUAUAUUGAUACUUCAGAGGUACAUUAUAGUUUUGUUAUGAAAGUAUAUGUAUUUUGCCCUGCCCAAAUGGUAGGUGUUUUGUAUAUAUAUAUAUAUACAAUGGAGAAAAUUUUAAGUGUGCUAAGGCACAUGGAAGACCAAUUUAUUUGCACAAGGUACUGAGAGAUUUUUCAAGAAACAGCUGUCGAAUCUCAAGGUGAAGAUCUAAAUGUGAACAGUUUACUAAUGCACUACUGAAAUUUAAAUCUGUGGCACAAUCAUUGUAAACAUGAGUUUGUCUGUUUCUCUAAAUUGAUUUCUGCCUUCUAAUCUGUAAUUACUGGAAAACUACUCACGUUUACUAAUCUUAAUUUCUGGUUUUUGGUUUAUAUUCAUAUCCAAAUUUAAAAUAUCUCUUAAUUUUAAUGCCAACAAAAUCGGUUGUAAUCAAAUUCUAAAAUAAUAAUUUGGCCCCUUCCCCCCCCUU